AUGUCUAGUACUUCCAAACAAACAAUUCUUUCUCUGUAUCGAAAUCUGCUCAGACACAUGAAGUACUAUCCAAGUGUACGGAAAGAUGGCAUGACUCAGGCCAUACGAGAAGAAUUCCGAGCUUAUAAAAACGAGAAGGAUCCGAAGAAAAUUGAAAUGAAAAUUGGAGAAGCGAAGGGAGGAUUGGAACGAUUGAAAGCCUAUGCGGAAAUGGGUAAAGCUCAAAGCAAGGGAGGAAGAUCUGCAUUUUCAAUUUAA